AGACGUGCAUUUGCUUGGAGCGACAGCGGCAACCGUUCGAGGAUUGUAGAGGCCGAAUAUACGGUGAAAUUGUACUGAUUUACCUUAAACGUGAGCUGUUCCGAGAUCUUCUAUUGAGCAACUGUUCGGUGUUGUGAGUUGGCUCUUGAGUCCCCUAAGCGAUACACAGGCGAGGAAUAUGACGCAGAAAUCGGGGAUCGACAACCGACCGAGACUUUUACAAGAGUGGGAAGCGAUGUGUCGGGGUGCAUCGGUCGUGACCCCAUCGGACCAAAAUCGUAAUCCUGGUGACACCAAUACACUGAUAAUCAAACUCGCCAACCCUGGGACCCGAGAGUACGCCAUGAAGAGCUUAUGCAUGUUCCACCGCAACGUGCCUGACCUGGGCGUUCUGAUCUGGCAUUCUUUCGGAGCCGUCAGUAGUUUGAUUCAGGAGAUCAUAUCGGCUUAUCUCAGGAGGGAAGUCCUCGAGUCGGAUGCGGCGAGAAUUCUGACAGCCCUCUCUCUGCUGGAAGCCGUAGCUGAACAUCCGAGGACAAAGGUCGACUUCGUCUGCAGCAAAAUACAUGAGAUCGUCGCGCCUCUUGCCAACUUAGGACCAAGCUCGCCUCACUUCGAGGCUCUUCGUCGAGGCGCUCUGCGAGUAAUGCGCGCCCUCGUCGGCGGAUCGAAUUUGGAUCGCGGCAUGAUAGGCCAGAAAGAAUAUGCGUGUGUCAUAAUGCAAAUGUUGGCGGAUGAUUUCCUCAUGAAGAUCAUCUGGAACAGCGUGAAUCACGGUGGAACGCUAGCACAGCUCCUGACUCUUCAAAUCAUAUACAGAGUUUCUUAUUAUGACGACGUCCUAAUCAUAUUCACGCGAGCUCCGAAUACCAUGAAGUUACUCCCGAAAGCUCUCGAAAAGCUGCAUGAGGUCUGCCGGAAAGAAAUGCCCCCCAUGUGUCCGCAAGUGGUCAGUCUCUACCAGAAAUUGUACUCUCGUUAUCACCAGAGCGCGAUGGCUCCUUAGGCGGCAACGCCGAUCGGUGAGAUCAUUUGUCCGAGUUCGCUUCGCGUCCAUAUUAGUGCAUGCUCUCGGCUCUGCAAGCGGCCCGUCGGAGUCUCCGUUCAUUCCGGAUUCCGUAUGCUAUGCUGGAGCCGGAGUGAACAGCUGCAAGAUAGAGUUCCGAGCGCCAUUCUUAGGGAAGAAAUUUCAUACCGCCCGAAGUUCAAGUGGUCGAGUCUUGUAGAUUUUUUUCGAAAACCGGGACAUAGCACCAUGUAUCGUAAACCAAG